CAGAGUUGGGAAAACGAGGGUUUCAAGAAAACUAAACCAUAGAGAGUUUCUCUAGACGUUUCGAAGUUCGAACAGUGCAAGGAAGGAAGAAAGCGGGUGUGGCGGGAGGAAACUGGGAGAAGCUGUGCUCGCCUCAAUUUCCUUCCAAUUAGGGUUUUACUUUCGAAAGGUUUUCGAAUUCCCUGAAUCAUUGUUCCCCGUUUGAACGUCGUUUCUUCCAAUCCAAUGGUGCGCUCUAAUGGUGCUAGAUUUGCUUACUGGUUUGCCCGACGUUCCUUCCGUUCGAAGCUUGUCGACGAUUCUUCAAUAACCUCAAACAAUUCUUUGUGCGGAGGGAGCUCUCGGGGAUUUGUUUCAGGAAUCUGCAAUUCAUCUCGUUUGUUGGGAUUUGGGAAUUCAGAAAAUGUUAAUCAGAGAAAUGGGGUUUGGGUUGGAAUUUUACGUGACAGUUCGGAUGCUAAGAGAUUGUUUCAUGGGACGGGGUCAACGAACAUGUCUGUCAGAGACUAUUAUGAUGUACUUGGAGUAAGCAAGAAUGCAAGUGCAUCAGAAAUAAAGAAAGCUUAUUAUGGGCUAGCAAAGAAGCUUCAUCCAGAUACAAAUAAAGAUGACGCUGAUGCAGAGAGGAAAUUCCAAGAAGUUCAGAAGGCCUAUGAGGCCUUAAAAGACGACGAAAAGCGGCAAAUUUAUGAUAAGAUUGGUCCUGAUAGAUACGAGCAAGGUGUUGCAGAGGGUGGCCCUGGUGGUCCAUUUGGAGGUGCUGGAUUUGGUAACCCAUUUGAGGAUAUCUUUGGUGGUGGCACAGGCGGAUUUAAUGAUUUCUUCAAGAAUCUCUAUAACCGUGAUUUUGGCGGUCAGGACGUCAAGGUUUCACUUGAAUUGUCAUUCAUGGAGGCCGUUCAGGGUUGCACCAAAAAUGUGACAUUUCGUGCUGAUGUACCAUGUGAUGCUUGUGGUGGUACUGGUGUUCCUCCUGGAACCAGGCCUGAAACAUGUAAGCCGUGUAGGGGCUCUGGAAUGGUACACAUGCAGAAGGGCCCAUUCAGGUUGCAGUCCACCUGUACACAUUGUGGUGGAACAGGGAAAAGUGUGACGAGCUUUUGCAAAUCCUGUAAAGGAAAUCGUGUUGUGAUGGGAUCAAAAUCAGUCAAGUUGGAUAUUAUUCCAGGAAUUGAUGAUAAUGAAACAAUAAAGAUGUAUAGAAGUGGUGGAGCAGAUCCUGAUGGCGAUCAGCCUGGUGAUCUUUAUGUUACGAUCAAAGUCCAAAAGGACCCCAUUUUUCGGAGAGAAGGCUCUGAUAUCCAUGUUGAUGCUGUUCUGACCGUCACGCAGGCUAUUCUUGGAGGAACCAUCCAAGUCCCAACUCUUACAGGAGAUGUUGUCCUUAAGGUCCGUCCAGCCACUCAACCCAAACAAACAGUUGUUCUGAAGAGAAAAGGGAUCAAAGGCAGGAGUUCUGUGUCGUUUGGAGAUCAAUAUGUGCACUUUAAUGUUAGCAUCCCAACGCGCCUGACACAAAGACAGCAUAAGCUAAUUGAAGAGUUUGCCAAGGAGCAAGGAGAAUAUGACAAGGGUGCUGCUUCUGCUGAUGCUGAUGCUGAUGCUGAUGCUGCCGCUGCUGCUGCUGGAGCAUCUGGCUAAGUACUGUGCCCCAACUGCAUGAUGUGGUGAACUCGUUCCGUGAAAUUUAGUUACCCACACUGGAAUUUUGUAGGAGAGAUUUAGGUUUUGUUUUCUUGAACCAUUAUUCCCCUUUCUCUUUAUAAUGGCUUCUUUGUACGAUAUGUAAUUCUUUUGGCUCUUAGAAUCACACUUAAGUUAUCAAGGCCACAUAUCAGUAGUUCCACAUUCUUCAGGAGAUGAUCAUUGUAUAUAAGAAAUACAUUUUAUUUUUUUUUUAUAGGGGAAAUGAAUGGAUUCCAGAGUACUUGCAUA